AUGUCUAAUAAAAUAGUGGCCGAGUUCGAGGAGUAUGGUGUCAGUGAAGAUGUACUAGCUGAGCUCCAUAAUAAAUGGCAGAGCAAAGUGUUGUCGUCUCACGUCGCCGACUUCGAGUCGCUCGAUCGGCCGUCGACAACUAGUCACCCACAGCACCCCCCAUACCCACCGCAUCCUAUUCAUGCGCAUCCUCCUCACCCCAUUCACCAAGCGCAUUACCAGGCGCAUAAUCCUUAUGCAACGCCUCACCCAGUCCAAGUCCCUCCUCCGCCGCCCGGACCUCAAAUAAAAGCUGAGCCUGUUGAUAGUCGUUUCAUCCUCAGUGGGCAGAUGCAGCCACACUACGGCAUGCCGCCACUGGCGGGUCCCCAGAUCCCGACUGCGCGCGCGCCGAAUGGUAUGGCGUACCCUGGUCAUCCCCCAAACAUGGGGAGCCGACCUCAGAGUAAUGCACCGGCUCCCCCGGCCCCUACUGCUCGCUAUCCUCCGUCACAACAACGGAUACCGCAAGUUGACGGACCGUCAUCUUCAUCGUCGGACUCACCGUCACCCCCACCGAGCCAAGGCUAUGCGCCGCGGUCAACUCACCCAUCACUUCCACAGCCUGUUCAGCAUGCCGCAGCUUCUGUAGACGAUGAGGAGGCGAUCAACAGUGAAUUGGAUGACUCGGAUUCAGACAAUGACGGAGACCGCGAGGAGGAUUUCCAGUCUCUCCGUGUCCUUGACAUCCGGAAGCUCAAGCUCGAGGACCAGGACAGCUUCCCGACGAGCGCAGCUUCGCAGACCUGCCUAUCAUCGGUGGUGGAGGUCUUGUUGCCUACAUGCCCUGCGGUCCUGCGCUUUGCCGGCUGGCUGAGCCUUCCCCGCCUACGCAGCGUUGUCCUCGAUGCGGCGAAUGUGCGGCGCAGCGCGACGUCCUCCGUUAUUUCUGCCAUUGACAUGUUCCUCGCCGCACACGGUGCGAAGAUCACAACGCUCGAGCUCCUCCCCAUGACCUCUCUGUCGUACAAGCCCUCUCCGAUCAGCAUCACCAGGCUCCUGCAGCCAGACGUCUGCCCCGCGCUCGAUACAUUCGUCUUCGACUGCCGCGAGAAGAUCGUCAGCGCAGCAUCUUCGCCGUACAGCUCCCCCAUGCGCAAGCCCGCCUACACGCCCUCGCUCCUAGCCGCCGCGGUGCCGCCCUCCCUGUUGCGCUUCCUUGACGGCGCGGCCGCGCCCGUGCUCUCCGAGCCGCACCGCACGCUGCGGCGCAUUGGCAUCCGCGGGAUGGGCAUCAGCCGGCUGUACCCCAGCCGCCCGACGCACGCGCAGCUGCACCUGCACGCGUUCCUCGCGCACCGCGCGCUCUUCCCCGCGCUCGAGACCGUGCGCACGGUCGGGCUGCUCGUCGACGCGUCGACGGACCCGUAUGCGCGCGACAUCUUCAUCUGGUGGACGGAGAAGUACGAGGAGCGCGGCCUCGAUCUGCAGGACGGCGAGGGCGUCGUGUGGGUGUACACGGACCCCGUCGAAGGGAAAGAGGCGGCAGCAGAGGAACAGCUCGAUUCGUUCGGCCCGACGAUCCUCGUUCACAAGAGCGAUCGCAGAGAGCUCAGGGCUGCGAAGGGGAGCGUCUAG